AUGUCGAGAUCCUCUUGUUCUAUGGUUAGAAACAGGGUAUAUCAGUUUUUGUCUUGGAAUGUACGGGGGCUCAAUGACCCCGCCAAAUAUUUUCGUUCUGUUGGUGCUACUGGGGCCAAGGGGGGCCUACUCACAGCCUGGAAUCCUUCUCUUUUCGAUCUCAUUGAUGAACGGGCUGACACUUUUUCUCUCUCUGUUGCCCUGCGAAGGAAAUCGGAUGGAAGGGUACUCUCGGUCUCCAACAUCUAUGGUCCUGCUUGUGCUACUUUUCAGCAAGAAUUUUUCCGGCAACUCAGAUCCCUCGAGCAUUUUUCUAGAGGGGUUUGGGUCGCAUUGGGGGAUUUCAAUACUCUCCUCUCACCUCUCGACAAAAAUGGGACCCUAUCGAGCCCCACUCACACUCUGUUGUUCAAGGAGCUCGUCAGAGAUUUAGGCCUAUUCGAUCUCCCCCUCUUAAACAAAUCCUAUACCUGGACCAAUGCUAGGCGCUCUCCCACUCUCGAGCGGCUCGAUCGCGCUCUCAUCUCGCAGGAUUGGCAACUUCUCUUUCCCCUCUCCUUCUUAAGAGCGCUUCCCCGGCCCCGAUCCGAUUACUCGCCGAUUGUCCUCUCGGCGCAUACUUUUAUGCCGUCACCUAAUCUGUUCAGGUUCGAAUCCUUCUGGUUCCGGUGCCCGUCCAUUGGUAGCAUCAUCAACCAAGCCUGGAGCUCGUCGGGGCCCUACUCGAACCUCGUUCAGCGUUUUGCCUCGAGAAUCAAGAGCGUCCAACUGGCCCUCCGAUCUUGGUCGGCGGGGCUCACCACUUUAAUCAAGGUUGAGUCUGACUUAUCCCUCGCCUGGAUUGAUUGGCUCGAUCGGGCUGAGGGAACCAGGGCCUUGACUGAAGCAAAGUGCAGUUGCCUUGGAGUCGAGCAGCCGCCUCGCGCGACUGUCAAUCUGGUCUCUCUCUACGGCGGAGAGGACUUUGAUCUUUCUAGUCUCCAAGCCCCCUUCACUGUUGACGAAGUUGAGUUGGCCAUCUUUCUUUGUGCACCGGAUAAGGUCCCGGGCCCGGAUGGCUUCCCGAUGCUCUUCUACCAAAGAUUCUGGAGCAUCCUCAAGGCGGACGUCAUGGAGUUAUUCGAGUGCUUUUAUAAUGGGACCUUGGACCUGAGUGGACUUAACUGCAGCUGGAUCUGCCCUAUCCCAAAGAAAAAAUCUGUUGUCUCCGCAAGGGAUCUUCGGCCAAUUAGUCUGGUACACAGUUUGCCCAAGAUCUUCUCGAAAGUGUUUACAACCAGACUUCAAUGCUUUAUGGAUAAGCUUAUCAACCUCUUUCAAGGGGCAUUCAUCAAAGGCCGCUAUAUCUUCGAUAACUUUCUUACUGCGCAUAUCCUUAUCCAUCAUCUUCACAACUCCAAACAGCAGGCGGCCCUCCUCAAAAUCGAUUUCGAGCGCGAUCACAUCAAUUGGCACUUCCUUUUGGAGCUGCUUUGA